ACAAUUAGCAGCAGAAAUUCUUCUAAGAUUUUUUAACUUGCAUAAAGUGAAGUUGCAGAGGCCAGCUUGCAUGUCUUUGUGCAGGCUGACGACCUUGACAUUUUGAGGGGGCGGGGCGAGGAGGAGUGACAAUCGAGAGGGCGUGGCUUUGACCUCGGUCAAUCAUAAAACCACACAGCUCAACUUUGUUCUUCCCCACUCACAACCGGAGUCGCAAGACAGACUGAGGCUUCUCACUUACGAGGAUUAAGACAACCCAGUCAAAAUGGUGAAAGUUGGAAUCAAUGGAUUUGGCCGCAUCGGGCGUCUGGUGACCCGUGCUGCUUUCACCUCCAAAAAGGUGGAGAUUGUGGCCAUCAAUGACCCUUUCAUCGACCUGGAGUACAUGGUCUACAUGUUCAAGUAUGACUCCACCCACGGCCGCUUCCAUGGUGAGGUCAAGGUUGAGGGUGACAAGCUGGUCAUCGAUGGACACAAAAUCACCGUUUUCCACGAGAGGGACCCCGCUAACAUCAAAUGGGGGGAUGCUGGAGCCCAGUACGUGGUUGAGUCCACUGGUGUGUUCACGACCAUUGAGAAGGCCUCUGCUCACUUGAAGGGUGGUGCCAAGAGAGUCAUCAUCUCUGCACCCAGCGCUGACGCUCCCAUGUUCGUCAUGGGCGUCAACCACGAGAAGUAUGACAACUCCCUCCAGGUUGUUAGCAACGCUUCCUGCACAACCAACUGCCUGGCCCCCCUGGCCAAGGUCAUCAACGACAACUUCGUCAUCAUUGAGGGCCUGAUGAGCACAGUUCAUGCCAUCACUGCCACCCAGAAGACUGUGGACGGACCCUCCGGCAAGCUGUGGAGGGACGGCCGUGGUGCCAGCCAGAACAUCAUUCCCGCCUCUACUGGUGCUGCCAAAGCUGUCGGCAAAGUCAUCCCUGAGCUCAAUGGCAAGCUGACCGGCAUGGCCUUCCGUGUCCCCACCCCCAACGUGUCCGUGGUUGACCUGACAGUCCGUCUGGAGAAACCCGCCAAAUACGAAGACAUCAAGAAGGUUGUGAAGGCCGCAGCUGAUGGACCCAUGAAGGGCAUUCUGGGAUACACAGAGCACCAGGUCGUCUCCACAGACUUCAACGGUGACGCCCGCUCCUCCAUCUUUGAUGCUGGUGCUGGCAUCGCCCUCAAUGACCACUUUGUCAAGCUGGUCACAUGGUACGACAACGAGUUUGGGUACAGCAACCGUGUCUGCGACCUGAUGGCCCACAUGUCUACCAAGGAGUAAACCAACCAGCCGAUCGCUCGUCACUGCACUAUGCCACAUUCUCCUGAUACCGGAGUCAUACAUACGCAAUAGAGCAUUGUGUUAUCUAUGACGCUGCCUGUUUCCUUAGUGAUAGUUGACUACAACCAGAUGCCUGAGGAAAGGUCCCACAGAAACAAACGAAAAGAUUUAAAUUGGUGACCAAUUCUUUUUUUGUAUUUGUUCCCGGUUCUGUUCUUGUGUGAGAUGGAGUGAAGGUGUGAGUCCUUGUCUGUAGUAUUGAAUUACUGCAGUCAGUUUUGGAAUAAAGUCCUCUGUGAGAAUC